UCAGAUCUCUGACAUUAAAUUGCGGUGUGACACAUAUUUGUCAUUCAAACCAGAUUGUAGGUAGUUGGUGCUUCUAAGGUUGGUAAAAAUUCAAAAGUUAGACAAUGCUCACUGUUGAGAAGACAAUGAAGAAAGAAAAAAGAAAAGAAGAGAAGAGAAAAGAAAAGAAAAGAGAAAAGACUCUUAUCCAUUACUGGUCACCAGUGACAUACACAUUAAAUAAAUCCAGUGGACACUGCAGUUUUCAUCUUGACCUCUCAGCAGUCUUUGUCACAGGUGACCUCUCCUUCCUACUACAAACAAUGAAUGCUGAGGCCUAUUCCCUGGUGGAUUCCAGUCAAGUGUCUACAUUUCUGAUUUCCAUUCUCCUGAUAGUCUACGGUAGUUUCAGGUCCCUUAAUAUGGACUUUGAAAAUCAAGAUAAAGAGAAAGACAGUAACAGUUCUUCAGGGUCUUUCGGUGGCAACAGCAGCAAUAAUAGUAAGUCGCCUUAUGUAGUUAACUUUCAUGCCUGUCGUCGCUUCUUGAUUAUUUCUGUAACCCAGUUUAUCCACUGGGUUCAAGAUGUACUUUCCAUAAGUCAUGCCAUUUUUUAUAAUGGAAAAAUAAAUCAUACACAACAAAAUUUAACUAUACAUUUUCUCUCUGUAGUUCUUGCAACGAUAGCUUUUGCUUUUCUUCUUCUCCCGAUGUGCCAGUAUUUAACAAGACCCUGUUCACCUCAGAACAAGAUUUCCUUUGGCUGCUGUGGACGUUUCACUGCUGCUGAGCUGCUGUCAUUCUCUCUGUCUGUCAUGCUUGUCCUCAUCUGGGUUCUCACUGGCCAUUGGCUUCUCAUGGAUGCCCUGGCCAUGGGUCUCUGUGUCGCCAUGAUCGCCUUCGUCCGCCUGCCCAGCCUCAAGGUCUCCUGCCUGCUUCUCUCAGGGCUCCUGAUCUAUGAUGUCUUUUGGGUGUUUUUCUCCGCCUACAUCUUCAACAGCAACGUCAUGGUGAAGGUGGCCACCCAGCCGGCUGACAAUCCCCUCGACGUGCUUUCCCGGAAGCUGCACUUGGGGCCCAAUGUUGGGCGCGACGUUCCUCGCCUGUCUCUGCCUGGAAAACUGGUUUUCCCGAGCUCCACUGGCAGCCACUUCUCCAUGUUGGGCAUUGGAGACAUUGUGAUGCCCGGACUCCUGUUGUGCUUUGUCCUUCGUUAUGACAACUACAAAAAACAAGCCAACGGUGACUCCUGCGGCGCCUCUGGACCCGCCAACAUCUCUGGACGCAUGCAGAAGGUCUCCUACUUUCACUGCACCCUCAUCGGAUACUUUGUAGGUCUGCUCACUGCUACCGUGGCAUCUCGCAUUCACCGAGCAGCGCAGCCUGCCCUCCUCUAUUUGGUGCCAUUUACCUUAUUGCCACUCCUCACAAUGGCCUACUUAAAGGGUGACCUGCGGCGGAUGUGGUCUGAGCCCUUCCACUCCAAGGCCAGCAGCUCCCGAUUCCUGGAAGUAUGAUGGAUCGCAGUGAGCAGGUGGCCAUCCUCGUUUUUUCUGUCGACGCGUUUCCUCUUGGAGUUGGCCUGGUCCUCGGAGACGGACCUGUUUAAGGACCUGACGUGGGCUGGAUUUUGCGUUUGCAGGAGCUUGUCUGCAGGAGCGAGGUGCUGGGGCGCUGCCGGAUCCUCUUCCCGCCGGUGGAGGUGGAGUCCCUUUGGCAGUGACAGCCUCCCCAGCGCUCCUCCUCCCGGUUUCAUGGACCUGCAUAGACUCACCGUGGGAGAUGGAGGUGGGACUGUAAAACUGACGGCGGCGUGGAGUCGCUCUGUACCUUUCGAACACUAAAAGGAUGAACACAUGAGCAGAGUGAAGUUUCCUCAGUGAACCCUCAAGAACGUUGGGAUCAGCUUCCAAUGGGGACUCAGUUUCAGAGAACUGAGACAGAGCUCUUCUGUCCUUAUAUUCUUUCCUUUUUUGGAUUUAUUAAAUAUUUUCUGUGGUGUGAAAUGACUUCUUAAAUCCACAGACAUUGAGUGACUUCUUGCAACAUACACAUAUGGAUUGUUGUAAAGCGUCAUGUCCACCCCAGAUGUGUCGGCAGUGAAUGGGGGCAGGGUUUUAUCCAUUCACACGCACAUAGACAUGUAUGAAUAAACAAAACCUUAAACCUGCUAAGAUCAUGCUGUGUAGCAGACGGGGGCCCGCUGUGAUUGUUAGCAUGUAGAGCCGUUUUCUCUGGCUUUCUUGUACAUGGAUAAGCUGCUGUCCUUCCCUCCACGACUGAGCGUGCAGUUAAAAACCAGUAUAGUAUUUGUACUGAUAUACUCAUGGGCGUUCGGGGUCUCAUUUGGUUGUGGUCCGUAUAGCAAAUUAGGGAUGAAAAGAUAAACCUUCCUGGCCCUUUUCGUUUCUGCAGGCUCCUCCCUUGCAGGGUUUUAGUCCUUCCUUCCUGGACUGAUGCAUGUAUUGUAGCAGCAGGCGUCUUUGUGCUUUCUGAUCAUAGUAAUGGACGACUUGUAAAUACAUUUUUCUAUUUUCUAUUUUUUUGUAUUUUUUUUUUUUUUUUUUGCAUUUUGUUUCAUUGGUGUGCUGUAUUUUCCAUGCCCUCCUUUAAGGAAAAAAAAAAAAAAACGGAAAAAAACAACAACACAAUCCUCUCCUUGCUGUUGUGAUUGUAGUCUUGGUUUACCUGUGGUGACAACUGGGUACUGGGGACAAAUGUCACGUGCCCCCUCCCCCCACAUUCCAGGAAUUGUGGUCCGAGCCAGCGGCCCUGUUUGCCGGAGAGCAGCGUUCCCAUGGUAACUAGUGUGAGUGAUGUCUAGCAGCCCUGUCUGGUAAGGAAGUGCCCGGUGCCCAGCGGCAGAGAAGCCUGGAAUUGGCCUGCGUUUCUGACAGCCGAGGCUAGCCGAGGCUGGAGCGGCACGAGUCCUGGUCUCCCGCGAGCAGGACCCCCCUGGCCCGUCCUGACCUGCGCGAUGAGCCGUGCGCUGUGGGUCCUGUGCCUGGAGGCCCAGUGGACAGCACGGUGGGCCUGUGGCCUUGGGAAAGGGAAGCCAUCAGGGUGGUGCGUUCCUCUGUGUCUUCAAAUCCUGCCGAGGGCCGCCUUGUGUUCUGUUUUGUUUGUUUUUUAAAAAUAAAUGACUCCUUU